AUGACUGGUGACUUCGAUGUUGAUCAGAAGUCCCAGUUGUGUGGUGCGGUUGACAGUACAGUGGUGAAAGGAUCUACUGAUGAUACGGUUUCGAAACAAACCUUCAAUUUUGCCAGCUCUUUUCAGAAUAGCAACACCAAGUCGUCUUGUAGAGGAGAUGUGAUUGAUGACCAGAGCAUUGACAGCGGUGGUACAUUUUGCCGGCAAGGAUUGGGUGAUCAUUUGACUUCACAAAAUCGGAUUUCGUCUAGUAAUUUAUAUUGUAAUGAUCAAACGUCCAACUCCACCGUCUCCGACGCUAUUGAAAGUAAUAUUGAGUCAUUAAAGGCUUUGUCUUUAAAAUCGGAUAAUGCAACACCUUUCCAACCGUUAAACUCUGGCAGUGCUAAGACACGAGACAUGACAUUUUCUACUGUCUCAGGUGAUGGGAAUCCAUUUUCCUUUGAGCGCAGCCAAUCUGCCCAAAAAUUCGACAGCUACAACUAUCUUGGUGAUACAGCAAAUACAAAUUCUGGUGGCAAAAGUCAUUCGACUCCUGAAUCUAGUUCUGGCAUUGAGAGCGCAUAUUCGUCGACCAAUCCUCGGAAUCAGCUUUUGCAAGAAACUGAGAAUCCACCGUCUACAGGAGAAAAUCACCUAGGCGGAUGUUCUAGCUCCUACUGGAACACUACUGGAAGCGCUCAGACUGAGGAGUUGAAUUAUUUAACGACGGCACUGUCUGUGAAUUCAUCGCCGCUUUUGACAAACCUUCUUUUUCAGCAACCUAGUAACUCUCCAGUUGGUACUAAGGGUGGGUUACAAUCUAAUUCGGGGGCCAUAGGUACCAAGCGUCCGAUAGUGGGUGGGCAUCAAGGAAUGCGUCCUUUGUCAAGACCUCCUGGUUGGAAUCCAACGACCACCUCGCUCGACUCUAACUUCACAGCAUCUUCUGAUCAAUCCCCCUUUUUUACCCCCACCUCUACUGGCUUUUCUUCCAAAGCACCGGGGUGGAUGGGCCAUUUUUCGCCUCAGAACAGUUCGUAUCCGUGGUCUUCUACAGCUUCUCAACAAAAUGCUUUCAAGUCCAAUUUUGCGGAUGCUACGUCUGGAUUUUCCUCAGGCAGUAGUAUAAACGGUUUGCGAUUCGGAGGAAAUAAUAGCCUGUCAAACAUGGGAUCUAAUGGAUUCUCAAAAGGUCCAACCUCUUCUAAUCCUGCAUCUUUGUACAGCAUGUUUUCCAAGCGUCCUCCGCACCGAGUGACGGCGCAUUGGCAACAACAACAACACCACCAACAGCAUAUGCAGCAGACACCACCAUCUAUAUUGAGUAAGCAACAUAGCUCAGAUUUUUCGAGUUCGGGGCCCUUGUCUAUUGGAGGACAGGAUGGUGUCUUGAAUCAGAAAAUGCCUCAUGGUUCAUUUGGAUCUAAUUCUGGUGUGUCCCCUAUGGCUAGUGGUAUGAUGUCUGGCAAUAUGGAUAGCUUAAACGCAGACAGGUACUCGAGCUAUGGGUUUGAUCAGCAUUUGAUUGAACUUAUGAAAACGAUGGAUUCUUCUGGCAGUUCUCAAUCGGGUUUACUUGAUGAUUUGGCCUUCGGAAUGCCCCGGAUGGAUAAUUACCAUGGAAAUUUGCACUCAUUGCCUGGUAUGUCACAGUCAAGGCCUGGAUUGAUGUCAAGUGGAUUACAAAAUCAGGGUUUGCAUGGCAUGGGCAAUGCACACUCUAGCCUUUCUGCAAUGGCUCCUCGUGAAGAAGGCUACUCUCGCAAAGUUUUCGUUGGUGGUCUUCCUCCGGAUAUCGAUGAAGAGGAACAAUCAGUACAGAAUUUGAUUAAUGCCUGCAUUGUCGAUGAGGGGAAAUACUACUGGUGCGUUUCCUCUCCAACUAUGAAGGAUAAACCGGUUCAAAUUCGCCCGUGGAAUUUGGCUGAUUCCGACUUUGUCAUGGAUGGUUCCCAAGCGUUGGACCCACGCAAGACCAUUUUUGUGGGUGGCGUACCGCGACCGCUUCGAGCAAUUGAACUGGCUCUGAUCAUGGACCACCUCUAUGGGGGUGUUUGUUACGCGGGUAUCGACAUUGAUCCCGAACUAAAGUACCCUAAAGGGGCAGGGCGUGUCGCUUUCUCGAAUCAGCAGAGCUACAUUUCUGCCAUCAGCGCUCGAUUCGUCCAAUUGCAGCACAACGACAUCGACAAGCGGGUGGAGGUCAAGCCUUAUGUCUUGGAUAACCAAAUGUGUGACGAAUGCCAAGGUGCGCGAUGCGGUGGUAAAUUUGCGCCUCUCUUCUGCGCCAAUGUCACAUGCCUUCAAUAUUACUGUGAGCAGUGUUGGGUUCAAAUACACAGCCGGCAGGGUCGCGAGUACCACAAGCCCCUUGUUAAAGAAGGCGCGGAACGACCUCGUCCAGCCCUCUAUCGUUGCAGAAGCACCAACUGGUCAUUGCUCUUCGUGUGUCGUGUAUCGGGCAGUUGUUGCUUUGCGCCAUUGUUUGGCAGCGCAUUUUCGCCUCCCGCUUGCAUGGUGCUGCCGCUGUGUCGUGGUGCAGAGCUCAUUGUCCGCCCGCCCACCACUCACUCACCCAUCCCAGCCCUGUCUCACUUCUCGCGCUCUGGCUUACCUGUGCGCGCUAAUCAGGGCAAUGACUAUGGCAACGAACAGCAGCGCGUCCUCGUGUUGCCCGAACGGGAAGGUCUGCGACCUCGCGCUUACAGUGCGCGCGCAGCCUCGGCAUGCCAACGCAAGUGCGCGCGUGUCCUGCACGUGUACGCUGGCAUCGGCGACGGCGGUAGUGCACACAGGCGCAUCUACCCACACGCAUUUGGCAGCGAGUGGUGCUUGCAAAUGCGAAGCGUCAUACUUUGA